AUGCAAGAACAUGGCCAAUAUCAUAUUCAACCUGUAAGCCCACCCUUAGAUCCAUCAUCUAAAGAUGGCUGCUGCUUCUUAACCCAGGGUUUUACCACACACUUCCCUAUAAACAUCGACACCCAAACCCAAACCCAGACUCAAGAUCAAGAUCAAAUCCAAAGCCAAAGCCAAGGCCAAACUCAAAUGUUCCCGUCGCAAAACACUAUUCAAAUAGUAACUAGCGGCUCUGGUGAUCCUAAAAACAUGGUCUACUUGGUCCAAAAUAUUGUUUCUCCACCAGCCUUUCUUCCCCACCAACACCAACACCAACACCAACACCAACAAAAUAUCCCAUUAGAAUGCUCAUCUUCACCACAACCCUAUUCAUACACUCCAGGUGCUACCAUGGGCUCACCUAUGACUCCAUAUCAAUCAAACCUAUCUCUUCCUAAACCUAUGUUUGAUAGCUUUAUUGUUGGUGAUGAUCACUUUGAUUCUUCCUUAUUACCACCAACAGCUGUACCUUAUCACCAACAAUAUCCUACUGAUCUUGAUUCAUUGUCAUCUUGUUCUUGUUCUUCAUCCCCUAUAAACGAACAACUACCUCAAAUUGAUUCGUUAGUAUCUCCACAGUUACAACAUUCACAAUCUAAAAAGAGACGUCAUCAUAGCCACCAUCAUAGCCGCAGUCAUCGUUCAUCAUCAUCAUCAUCUUCUUCUUCAUCAUCUUCUACAUCAUCUUCUACAUCAUCUUCUACAUCAUCCUCUAAAUCAUCCUCUAAAUCAUCCUCUUCUUAUUCGCACAACGAUAUCUACCAACAAAUCAUGCCCCAAAUGAAUAUCCAACUUUUGACAUCUCCUGUUGUCACUGGUCUUUUAGAUGCCUCUAUAAUAUCUUCUAAUGAAACCUCUUCUGCAAGACUUUUAGAUUUUAAUGGGCGGCCAGUGAAAAAUUGGAAAGGUCGUUUUUACAAGUGCAGUCAUUGUGAUAUUAAGUUUCAGCAUUCUGAGCUUGAUAAAUAUGCGAGACAUAUUCAAGAAAUGGAAGCAAUUUAUGGUGUUGAAAAAAUCAACCGCACUUAUAAAUGUCUUGAACCCACGUGUGAAUGGAGCAAAAUUGGUUUUACAAGAAAACUAGAGUUUAAAAAACAUUAUGCUAGAAUGCAUAGUAUCCCCCAGGUUGAAUGCCCCCUGUGGCGAACUGAUAACCGAGAAGCCUAUCCUGGUGCUACCAGGUGUACUACUAGGUGGCAUACCGACACGGGCAGUUUGAAGCGACACUUGGAAAAGGGUCAUAACAUUGCUCGAGUAUUAAAGAAAAUGAGCUAA